AUGCCUACUCACAUCGAAGACGAGGUCCCCCAGUAUGAUUCGGUUUUGACCGAGUUCCUUGGAAAUGAUGUUAGCAACAGGAUUGCAUUAUCGCUCGAUGAUUUUGCAACCCUUAUACUCAACAUUUCAACCGAUUGGAAAGUCGAAGAGAAUUUCAACCUAGGAGCGAAAAGCAAGAUAGUGAAUGAUGCUUUCAAAGCGUCUCUGAAAGUUGCGAUAAGAGUGGCAGAGGGUGCAGAGACGAAGGGGACGGAUGCCACAGCAUAUGAGAAGGAGUACCAACCCCUCACGAAUCUCUUGAAUACAUUGAGAGAUGGGGAAGGUCACCUAGGCAAGGGAAUCAAUGAAGAAACGCUCUUUGUAGAUCCCCGCCCGGUAUUGGCUUCUCUAUUGGAAAGGAACUUUGGCCUGAGUGGAAUAUAUAUUCAGCUACAGAAACUCAUAGAAAACAGGAGUCUUUCAAAUCACCUUGCGAAGAAAAACAUAACUGGAGUUUUUUGGGGACUCUUGAUAUUGUUCGUGGAGGUUGGGUGCCAGAAAAAAGACUUCGUCGAACUUAACAUCCGUAAAGAAGAGGCAGUCACACCCGCAAUUAAAUCAUCGCAUUUAAUGGUGUCCACUCCAUCGCAGCAUGUAUUAACGGAAGCUUCGCAAACGGCCUUCAGUCGUUCGCAGUCACCUCCCUUACAAACAGAAGCGAUACACUAUAAAGUGAACAAACGAGUGAGAUUAAAUGACGAAUUCAGUCCUACCAACAUGCGGCCUCCAAAGAGGGCCAAAUUCCGGUCCACGUCGCAGUCCAAUUUACAGGGCUUGAGAACGUCCAAGAGAAUACGGAAGAGCACAGAGUGCCCCGUUUCUGUGGGCCGCGUACAAUCCGAUAACUUGCCCGCUACCCGGCAUCCAGUAUCCUCGCACAGUGGUUCUACUCCCGCUUCUGCACUCACCAGUCUGCGAUGCGAAGACGAAGAUAGACUUCACGUUAACAUUUGGUGCGAAGAUAAAAAGAAGACAGUGGAGAUAAUGACGGUGCAAGGAUAUGCACAAAAGGAUGGGAUGAGAAGUCUUGGAGAUCAUAUCGAGUUCAGUUCAAGGGGUGUCGAAGACAAGUCCUUCGAGAAUGAUGAGUGGAAGAAACUUUUCAUUGUCAUGGUCUGCCAGCUCAAGAAACUCCCUUGUACUACGAAAAACGUUGGAUUCAUUCCGACUUUGUGCAUAGAUAGCAUCGAUCACCUUCAAGAUCCAGAGCUGUUCUCACAUACGUUCGCACUUGAUACUCAAGACUUGAUCGACGCUAUCUACUCUUUUGUCGGAAACGAUGGGUGUUCACGGAGAGUCGUUAUUCAGUUAAUUCUCCAUCAUGCGGAGAACGCUGUUGGUUUGUACGCAGUCGUUGCUGAGGUCGAAUGCCUCUGCAUGGAAGCUGAUUGUACAUGGAAUCGAGAAGGGAAGAUCGUGAAGAUCAGUUUCAUGGGCACAGCUCGGCAGUCAGAGCAAGUACUCACUGGGGAGGCUAGAUCGAAAGCAGAAUCGACUUGCGAGCUCUGGGCACUCAACCAUGUUCCAAAAGCUAUCCACUCGGUCACUCUACUCCCCAACAAAAAGAAAUCGUUUCACAGACGGUUGAAGACCCUUCUGAAGGACGAAUACGAGGAACGAGUGAUGCAUAUCACAGUUUUUGAGAAGCUUCAUCCGCUUUCGGAGUUGACAGACCCGAGAGAUUUCGCGCAAGUGUUUUACGAUAUUCUACAAAUUCACCAGUGGCUCUACGAAUGUGCUGGGAUUCUUCAUCGUGAUCUCAGCUCCGAGAAUAUCAUGUUCAGACGCAUAGAUGGCAAGAUAUAUGGUGUCCUGAAUGAUUUUGACCAUUCUUCCCGCGUCCGAGAUAUGGACAAGGGCCCGACUUCCAACCAACGUACUGGUACCAGACCGUUUAUGUCUGUCGAUCUUCUUAGUCCCGUUUGGGAGGGUGGUCAUCUUUAUCGCCACGAUUUGGAGUCCCUGUUUUAUAUCAUGCUUUGCCUUGCUUGUCGCUAUGAGGCGCCGGGUGUGCCCGCUGCCGACCCACGGUCAUUUUCGCCGUGGUUUAGGGGAACAGAUAUGGAGAUAUUCAAUAACAAGACCACCUUCUUGCUCGACCCUUUUCAAAGUCUACCCAUCCAGUCUUACUUCGCCGGCUUCCAGCGAUGGUUGCGCAAGAUUUAUGAUCAAUUGCGUGGUGGGUAUAUCCAACGUCCAGUUUGCGCCAAAAACUUGUCAACAUCGAAUGAAGAGUCGGAGGAGUCGGAAGAUGAAGACUUGGAAUUUUUGCAAACUGAUAACGUUUUGAAUUUUGAUUGGAAUACCUUGAAUAGACACGUCUCUUAUGUCAGACUGCGGUCCAUAAUGUCCUCGUUCAAAGGAACAUCUCUGCAAACUAGGUGGGUAGGAAACCCGGAUCAUUAA